AUGAGCGCUCUUGACGAGGGGAAUGUAGACCCUGGCAUGUGUUUCUUUCGUCACUGCAGCAGUAGAAAUAGCAGCAGCAGUAGUAACCUCCACCACAAUCAUCAUAAUGACCAGCAACUCGAUAGUAGUAAUGAUUGCAGUAAAAACAUGGAGGCCGUUCUUACAUUGGAUGAUAUUGAGGAGCUGACACGACGUCGGGAUCAACUGCGCACAGAUGUGGCUACCUCUCUCGUACGUAUUGCUGAAAUCCGGGCGUGGGUGGCUAACACCACCACUACCACUACCCUUGACAGUAAUAAUAAUAAUAAUAAUAAUAGUAGUAGUAAAGAUCACACUAGUAACAACAACAAGAACAACAACAGUAACAGGAAUCAUAACAGCAAGAAGAGCACCAGCAGCAGCAGUAUGAACAAUCCUCUUCAGGAUCCCAGUAGGAGUGUAUCGGCGGAAACCGUUUCUGCGGCCCGUGGACGUCUACGAGCGGCCCGAGCGGCGGUGUCUGCGGUUCCGUUAAGUGAAUGGCGUUCCCUUCGCCGCCUGCGCCCAUUGCCGCUUGCCGCUGCGGCCGUUGUGGACGCCGCCAGUUCUCUGCUGGGCGAGUCAUUCCUCCUCCCAUCCACCCAAGCAGCAGCCGCAGCCGCACCUCCAUCAUCUAUCUCCACUACCACAACGGCAACGACUACGACUAAUACAACUAUUACGACUAAUGCUGUUUCCUCGUCUUCUUCUUCUGCGCAGUCGAAGCUGCGUGGGGGAAUGGGCUGGCGGGUGCGGCUGCUGCGGCUGGAGCCCGGCGACGUGGCGGAGGCGGCCGUCCAUGCGGUCCGGCGCCGGCGGUUUGUGGCGGUGUGGCCGUACGACCGCGUCCGCCCCGUCCACGCGGCCCUCGGCCCCCUCCACCGCUGGAUCACCGCCAUGCUCGACACCCGCGAGGCCGAGCGCGGCGCCCCCCACCAAUCCGCAGAGGAGGAGAAUAUAAAUAGUGCAAAUAGUGCAAAUCACGAGAGGGAGGGGAAUGCGGAUCGGCAUCCUCACACGGCGGCGGCGAGAGUGGGAUCCGAGACGGCGGCACUCCUGCGGGAACUGGAGGAACAUGCGGAGUAUGUGCAGAUGGCAAAGGAUGAACUCGCCGCGAUUGAUGCCCUCCUCGCAGAUGCCGUGCGGGAGGCGGAGAAGUGUGGAGUGGAGGUCGUCACGGCGUGUCCAUCGCCCACCGUCUGCAGUGAAACCGCCGCCCCGUCCAGUGAGGCCUCACGCUCCAUCCGCACAGAAUGGGGAGAAACUAUGCCAGCAACCAACACUACCAACAUCAGUACCAGCGUAACAGGAAGAACUACCCCAUCAGCCGCAACUCACACAGGAACCCCACGGAUUCAUCUCCAACAAAAACAAAAGCAGAGACAGAAAAUAAAGGAAAAGGAAAAGAAACAGACUUUUAGACGGACGGAACCCUUAUCACGACCUCAAACAUCAUCAUCAGCAUCAACAACAGCAAGAACAACAACAAGAACAAAAACUGGUACUAUCCCCAAUACUAUGACGAAUACUACUAAUGAGAAGAGUGAAACGGUGAUGACAGUGGUAGUGCCACCAAUUGUACCUAAACUCGCUCUGCAGAGUUGUAUCCCACAGACAAAUGGACCAGCGACACCAUCCCUACGGGCGAGACUCGAACAACUACGGACAAGUCCACGUAUACGCAGUCCACGUCUGGGCCGUGCUAUUCAUCCCUCAUGCGCUCACUCCACUACUAGUAAUGGUGGUGGUGGUGGUAGAACUCACAGUCAAAAUGCACAUCAUACCACUGAUUCCAAUAUCAACGACAAUACCACCAAUAUCAAUAAUACUAAUAGCACUGCAGGUGAUUCUCAUAUGCUUUACACAGGUGCUGAAGUACUGCAGGAACGUGCGGAUUUACUACAACGUGUACAUGAGCUGGAAGAUAGACUAAAGGAGGCCUACCAGCGCAACCCGCGUGAGGCGGAGUUUCAAUUAAUGCGGGAUGAGAUGAAUGCGGCACGUGAUGAAAUUGCAGCACUGCGGGCGGAGCGUAGUCAACUAUUAGAGAAGGCUAAACGCUACUCCUUGUACAGAUUUCCCACGACAUUAAAUGUAGAUUCAGAUGCUGCUACUACUUCUGUUCCUAAUUCUACUUCUGCUGGUACUACUACCACUACUACUACUGGUAGUGGUAAUAGUGAAAAUAUUGGUUUGAUGUCGGUAAGGAUACGAGAACUAGAGGAACAGUUACAUGCGGCACAUGCACAUAUUUAUCAGCUAGAAGCACAGAGUGCACUGAGUGCACUUCGUGCCUUAGAAAACCCCUCCUCCCUCUCUUCUUCCUUCGAAACAGGAGUGGAAGGAGGAGGAGGGGAAAGGGUAUCUAAGGAGAAGAAUGGGAUAAACCCUGCGACAAUUCCUACUCUUACUGGUUCUAAUAACAGUAAAGAUCACAAUAAUAAUAAUAAUAAUAAUAAUAAUAAUAAUAAUAAUGGUAAUAAUAGCCAUAUUAUUACUACUAAUAGCCCCACUACUGCCACUACGACUACUACUACGAUCGCUGAAAAACGUGGUGAGGGUAAUUCCAAUAGUAAUAAUAAUGGUAGGAAUACUCGUUCUGGUGAUAUGAUACUGCAGAAACAAUUGAAUGCGGCACUCCAACAGGCAGAAACACACCGGACUGCAUUAGCUGCAACGGAGGAACGUCUCAAUCAAGAAAUACAUGCCCACCGUGCCUCAGAGGAAAAGCAACAAUUACUACAGGCGGAACUUACAAGUGUAUGGAAGCGAUUAGAGAAUACAGAAUAUCAACUGAAGUUAAUACUAGAAGAACGUGGGGAGGAUGUUUUAUUUAAUGGAGAACCCUAUUCCUCUGCGAUGGCUCUUCUUUCUGGUUCUGGUAAUGGUGGAAUGCAUAGUGGUACGGGUAAUGGAUCUCUUAAAGGUAUGGCAGCACUGCGGCGUGAAUUGCAACAAGCUCGUCUUCGUGAGAUGGAGCAACAACAAGAGUUGGAGCGACUCCGCAUAGAACUUGGCACUCUGCAGAGAAGAUAUAUGGAACAUCAACAACAACAAAAACAAGUACGGGCUGCAAGGGCGGAAAUGCUGCGGCGAUUGGAGAAGACCUUCGCGGAGGCACUGCGACGACAGGAAUGUGAACUAGAGGCUAUUCCAAAUGCACUUCAACGGGCACGAAGUGAGAUUGAGCGGAUUAGUGCACAACGACGUUAA